CCACAAUCUAGGAGCCCUCAAAUAUUAAUCUCUCCGGUUUCUUAAUCUCUCCGGAUCUCCGCCAUCGGCUUCUCCAAAUCGUCUACGCCUCAAAAUCUCGAAGUGUCGGACAUUCAAUUCUUCCUUACCAGAUAUAACAGGUACAGAUUAAGAUCAUGCAGUUUAUUAGCAAGAUAAGUACACAUCUCCAGCAAAUUUAAUAGUCAAUAUGAAAGUAGGGUUUACUAACCUUGAUUACUUGAAGUGAUUUUGCACUCUAGAAAGUUGUGUUAUUAAAAAAAAAACAAAAAACAAAAAAAUAAAAAACAAAACCCUAUAGAAGAAUAACCGGAGUCGGAACAACAACUUCUGGCAUCAGAAAGACUAGAGUGUAAUGAGCUCGGAGAAGGAACCGCGGCGAAAGCUAUCGUGCUCAGCCUGUUUCGAUGCACUUUGGUUCUGCUACACUCCAGUCCAUCAAAUGCAGCAGUACUAUAGGCUCGGUAACCUUGACAACUGUUCUGAUAAAUGGAGUGCCCUUUAUGAUUGCUUGACUUUAAAAACUAAACGCCAAGCUGAAGUGGAGGAAAUUUUGGAAAAGCGGGAGAAAACCAAGCCUCACAUAUGGUCUUUUCGGACACCAGAAGAAGCAGCAUCUCAGUGGCAAAAACUCUAUGGGCAUAUGCACAUAUGUGAAGAUGAGUAAAAUACACAAACUACUGCUCAUUUAUUGAUUCUUUUUUUUCCAUUCAGAGCUUCAAGCAAUAAUUACAAUGAUUUACCAAAGCAAUUUAAUGAUUAGUUACUGUUGAGGUUACGGGUUAGCCAUAUCACCUGGUCAACUGAUUCUGUCUUUUUGAGGUAAGGAAUUUGAUUUAUGGAAUUUCCAAUGAUUAUUUCAAUAUAUUAUUUCAGUGAA